UUUUAACAGCGCCUGUGUGCCCGCGCUUCGAACUGGUUCAGAUAGUGUGACUCUAACUGUUGCUGGGGGUGUGUGAUUUUUUUUUGUGUUGCGGCGCGAUCUAAUAUGAGGCUAGUAAUUCUGGACAAUGACGACGACGUAUCCGACUGGGCUGCGAGGUAUAUUCGGAAGAAGAUUCAGGACUUCAAGCCCGGUCCGGACAGAUAUUUCGUGCUGGGACUGCCGACAGGGGGCACACCGCUUGGCUGCUACAAGAAGUUAAUAGAGUUCUACAAGCAGAAGACACUGUCGUUCCGUUAUGUGAAGACGUUCAACAUGGACGAGUAUGUUGGGCUACCCAGGGACCACCCAGAAAGCUACCACUCGUACAUGUGGAACAACUUCUUCAAGCACAUAGACAUUGCGCCCGAGAAUGCCCACAUCUUGGAUGGCAACGCCGUCGACUUAGUUGCGGAGUGCGACCAGUAUGAGCGACUAAUUGCCGAGGCUGGUGGCGUCGAUUUAUUUGUUGGAGGCAUUGGUCCGGACGGGCACGUAGCCUUCAACGAGCCCGGGUCGAGCCUGGCGUCUCGGACUCGAGUAAAGACGCUUGCCAAAGACACCAUCUUGGCAAACGCCCGCUUUUUCGGGAAUGACCUCAACAAGGUGCCAAAGGAAGCCAUCACUGUCGGCGUCGGUACUGUCAUGGAUGCCCGUGAGGUGAUGAUCCUCAUCGUUGGAGCGCACAAGGCUUUUGCAUUGUCCAAGGCAGUCGAAGAAGGGGUCAACCAUAUGUGGACGGUCUCUGCUUUCCAGAUGCAUCCACGAACCAUCAUUGUCUGCGACGAAGACGCGACCAACGAGCUUCGUGUGAAGACAGUGAAAUAUUUCAAGGGUCUGAUGCAUGUACACAACCAGCUCAUAGAAGGCCGCGACGAUGUGAAGACCGACGACCAAAAGGAGGCCAGACAAUAGGUUGUGUGCGGCAGAUAAUCAGUUUCUUGUAGAUAAUUCCAAAAACAUUUCUUAAAGUCGGUAACCACUAUGAUUGUGUAGGGAACGACGGUGUACUUACGAGGAUGCGCAACCCCAGAAGCUGCAUCAUGUUGGUGGAUGAGGGUCUUGGCUGUGGAAGCCUGUGAUGUAUGCUGGUUUCUGGAUUGUUCUUUUUUACAAUAUAAUGUUUAUUUUUUAUAUUGA